CAUAAACGUCGCGUCCCCUCAACACUCUUUCCUUAACCACCACCCACUACCGCCACUCCUACCUGUCACAUACCUGUAUAGUUUGUAAAUUAAGCAAAACAAUGGCACCUAAACCCGCAUCCACUGCUGCCAAAGCCCCUGCAUCCACCGCCUCCAAGGCACCAGCUAAGGCUGACUCUGGAUCAAAGGCUGCGAAGAAGACCGCUGCUAAGCCACAGGCUCCCGCUGAGGGUGAGAAGAAGAAGCGCCGAAAGGUCCGCAAGGAGACGUACAGCUCGUACAUCUACAAGGUCCUCAAGCAGGUCCACCCUGAUACCGGUAUUUCAAACAAAGCCAUGGCUAUUCUGAACUCGUUUGUCAAUGAUAUCUUUGAGCGCAUUGCUACCGAGGCAUCCAAGCUUGCUGCUUACUCCAAGAAGUCGACGAUCUCGUCGCGUGAGAUUCAAACAUCUGUUCGCCUUAUCUUACCAGGAGAGCUGGCAAAGCACGCCAUUUCUGAGGGUACUAAAUCUGUUACCAAAUUCUCUGCUGGUUCUAAGUAAUCUUCGCAUAUUUCACCCGUGUAUUGUUACCAUACCGUGUACCUUUCGUUAUUAGAGAUACCUCCACAGUACUCCCAUCGCAUGGGGCGCAAAUAUGAGCCGCCCAUAACAUGCUUCAAUUGAUAUUCCUUUGACCUUA